AUGUCGCAAGACACAGGUCUUUUCUCCGUGCGCCGACCCAGAGAGACACUGGGAAGUAUCAAUUAUAAUUCGAGUUUACCACAACCAGCUUCCGCCAUGAAGCGAUCGAAUUCAAUCGGUGGUUAUAAUAACGCACCUUUUACCACCAGCCAUGUUCGCAGUGGAGCCAGACAAUCUCUCGCACCUUCGCGGCCAAAUCAGCCUUUAUUCUCACGAUCUUCCUCGGGCACAAAUUUGGCAGAUAUUGGAACUUCGUCGGUCAAAAGGACUUCAGUCCAGAAUAGCAGUGGCCGGAAAAGCUAUGCACCACCUCAAAUGGGCCGCGCAUCUGCAGAAGGAGCAGAACGUCGAAGCAGUGUUUAUCGAUCCAGAAGUUCAACAAGUGGACCGAUGGGACAUCAGAGUUUCUUUCAAACUGGACCUCAACCAGCUGGAGUACCGAAAGACCCACGUCCAUUGAGAGAUCGAGCUUAUCAGGGAAAGAUUGGACAGGAAUUGUUGGAGUACAUGGCCAACAACAAUUACGAUAUAGAAAUGAAUCAUAACGUAUCGGCCAAUACUUUGAAAUCGCCAACUCAAAAGGACUUUGUCUUUAUGUUUCAGUGGCUUUACCACAGAAUUGAUCCAAGUUAUCGAUUCCAAAAGGCUAUCGAUCAGGAGGUACCUCCAAUCAUGGCUCAGUUACGUUAUCCAUACCAGAAAAGCAUAACGAAAUCUGCAUUAUCGGCCGUUGGAGGCGCAAAUUCGUGGCCACUCUUUCUUGGAUUAUUACAUUGGAUGAUGCAACUGGCUCAGAUGUUGGAUGGAUAUGCAACCGACCGAUAUGAUGAGGCAUGCGCAGAAGCAGGUGUUGAUGUGAGUGGAGAUCGCAUCAUUUUUAACUUUCUCAGCAGUGCGUAUCGAGAUUGGCUUUCCAUGGAUGAAGACGCUGGAGACGAUGAUCAGGACCAAGUUCUUGCACCACAUAUUCAGGCUAUGGCACAGGAAUUCAACAGGGGGAAUUCAAAAUAUCUCGAUGAAAUGCGUGUUCUUGAAGGAGAGCACGAACGACUACAAAAGGAGAUCGAGAUACUCGAAAAGACAGGCUCGGAUAUUGCUACUUUGGACAGAAACUUUAAAACCAUGGAAGAUGACAAAGUGAAAUUCGAAGAAUUCGACAAUCUCAUGCAUCAAAAGUCUGAGAAAUACGAAUCUCGUAUCCAAUUCUUGCAAGAGGAGCUCGACAAAGUUUUGCAGGAACUUAAAGAAGCAUCUGAUGAGCGAUCAAGGUUACAAGAGGAAAUAGAUAGCAGAGGAAUGAGUAUGCAAGACAUCGAUCGCCUGAAUUCUGAAAUGGAACGACUUCAAAAGGGACAUGAAGCUUCGCAACAACGAUUGGAGGAAGCGAGGAGAAAAGUUGCCGAAAAGGAGCUGGAAGCGAGUCGCAAAUUGGAAGAGUUGGAGCGCGUCGUGGAAAAAUAUAAUAGUCUGGGAUAUCAAAUAGGACUCAUUCCAUCCACGGCCAUUAACGCCAAAGGGAAGAACUACGAGCUCAAGGUUGUUGUCAACGAAGGGCCUAAUUUCUCGGCAUCGCAGAUGGCAAGUUCUCAUUCUGGCGGGAGAGAUGGCGAUAGACUUCUUGCCGAUCCUACAACAGGUUAUCAACCAGCUCAUAUAUUAAAUCUGGAUCUUCGAGGUCAUGUGAAGAACAGUUUCAUUAGCCUCCGAAAAGAAAUAUCAGAACGAAGAACCCUUGCAGUCGAGGAGAUGGAGAAACACAACGAUUUGCUCGACAAUAUCAAAGAAGCUAUUGACGAUAAGAGGAGCGAGGUUGAGGCUUUGGAGCACCGCGUCAGAGCUGCAGAAGAAGAGUAUGAAAAGACCAAGGAGGUCACCACAACCCAAAAACUGGCAUCUGAUGCACAAAUUGAGAAGAUGGAGAAAGAGCUAGCUAAAAUGCGAGCUGGUCUUACGGAGUCUGUGCAACUCAUGGAGCAACGAGAAAUGAAUACAAACAUUGAGUAUGAACAAUUAACUCUCCGAGCCAACACUCUCCGCGAGGAACUGCAUACGGAAAUUGAAAAGAUGUUAAACGACAUUAUCAAGUUUAAGGUCCAUAUUCAGAAGAACCUUGAAGAUUAUGAGGGAUUCGUUGUAGAUGAGGUUGAGCAUGAGCUCGGGGGUGAUGAUGAAAUCCGAGACGAUACCCAAGAUAUUGAAAUGAGUGGAUGA